AUGGAGUCCAUCUGCAGUUUUCUUGUUUGCUCAGGCCUGUUCUUGGCCAUAGCUAUGAUUCUAUGCCUCAAAGGGAAAAAUUUGGGACGUAGAACCAAGAAACUGCCUCCAGGGCCUCCAGGAUGGCCAAUCAUAGGCAAUAUUUUCGAUCUUGGAACUGAGCCACACCGAGCUCUACAGGAGCUUAAGUUGAAGUAUGGACCUGUUCUCAGGCUAAGACUAGGAUCCAUGGACACAGUAGUGAUCCAGUCAGCGAAGGCAGCGGCACAGUUGCUCAAGAAUCAUGACGCCAGCUUCUGUGACCGCAAGCCUCUUGAUGUAUUCACUUGUCAUAACUAUCGAGAUGGGUCACUUGCUGUUGGCCGUUUUAGCCCCUACUGGCGCACGGUUAGGCGUCUUUGUUCGGUGGAAAUGAUGACCGUCAAGCGAAUCAAUGAUACAGCCUCCAUUCGGCGGAAGUGCAUCGACCAGAUGAUAAGGAAUAUUGAAGAUGAUACAGCAGCUGCAAAUGCAAGGGGAGAGUCAGGGGUAGUGAAUUUACCCCACUAUCUCUUUCUAAUGGCAUUCAAUAGACCUUUUGCUGGGUCAGAGACUACAAGUGCAGCAACAGAAUGGGCUAUGGCAGAGUUACUUCGUAAACCUGAAGCCAUGAGAAAGGUUAAAGAAGAACUCAAUGAGGUUGUUGGAGAGAAUAGAAAUGUUGAAGAGAGUGACAUAGAGAAAUUGCCAUAUUUGCAAGCUGUUGUAAAGGAAGCACUUCGGUUACAUCCCUCAGUUCCUUUACUCGUUCCAAAAAACACAAUGCAAGACACAAAUUUCAUGGGGUACCAUAUAGCCAAAGAUACUCAAGUUUUUGUGAAUGCUUGGGCAAUAGGAAGAGACCCAGAUUCUUGGGAAGAUCCUUUGACCUUUAAGCCUGAGAGGUUUUUAGGUUCAAACAUUGACUACAAGGGGCAAAAUUUUGAGUUGAUUCCAUUUGGAUCAGGGCGGAGGAUUUGUAUAGGUAUGUUAUUGGCACAACGAGUACUUCUCCUUAGUCUAGCAUCUUUAAUUCACUGUUUUGAUUGGGAACUUGACAAGGAUUCAACCCCUGAGAUCUUAGAUAUGAGAGAAAAGAUUGGAAUGAGUGUGAAAAAACUUGUACCUCUGAAUGUGAUACCCAAGAGACGUCCGAAGAUGAUGGCUGACUAAUAAUACUCUCAACUUAAUCA